GAUGAGUCGUGAAGUCAUGAAAACGGCACGACACGAGACGAAAAAGACGUCUUCUAUCUUCUUUUCUGAUCUUCUCCUUUUCCUAAAUAUAUGAAAAGGUAGGAGAUCUUUUAUCUUUGGGAGGCAGCUCAGUUCUGAAGCAAGACUCUCCCUUUUCUUCCAACAAAAUUCCCACCUGUCAACAACCAAACCCUAAAAGGGAAGGGAAAAAAAGCCUCUAAGAAGAAUUUUCUGAAGCUUUUGUUUCAGUAAAAGUUUUCAAUCAUGAGUAACGAAUAUGAUUAUCUGUUUAAGCUUCUGUUGAUUGGGGACUCCUCCGUUGGAAAAUCAUGUCUUCUUCUCAGAUUUGCAGAUGAUUCGUAUGUGGAUAGCUACAUCAGUACCAUUGGAGUCGAUUUCAAAAUUAGGACUGUGGAGCUGGAUGGAAAGACAAUCAAGCUGCAAAUUUGGGAUACUGCAGGACAGGAGCGGUUUAGGACUAUAACCAGCAGUUAUUACCGAGGAGCACAUGGAAUCAUUAUUGUUUAUGAUGUCACUGAGAUGGAAAGCUUCAACAAUGUCAAGCAGUGGUUGAAUGAGAUUGAUAGAUAUGCUAAUGAUAGUGUAUGCAAGCUUCUUGUAGGAAAUAAAUGUGACUUGGUUGAGAACAGGGUUGUGGACACACAAACUGCAAAGGCAUUUGCAGAUGAGCUGGGGAUCCCUUUCCUUGAGACAAGUGCUAAAGAUUCGAUUAAUGUAGAGCAAGCUUUUUUGACAAUGGCUGGUGAGAUCAAGAAAAGAAUUGGAACCCAACCCAAUGCAAACAAGAAACCAGCGAAUACAGUUCAAAUGAAGGGGCAACCAAUUCAGCAGAAAAGCAACUGUUGUGGCUAGCUGUUUUUUAUGUACUUUACAUUAAUGUUUAAUAUCAAGUUCAUUUAAGCUAGUUGGUAAAUAUGUGAUCAUUUGUGGCCAACCUGUUUGAAUCUUUCCCAACUUAAACUUGAAUCUUGUUCACAUAAGCUCUUCUUCUGUGGAUCACCAAGUUGUUAAAAAAUACCAUGGUAGUAAAAUCUCUAGUUACUCGACAGUUUAUCUAGUCAAACAUCUUUAGAUAUGACAAUGGGGCCCAUUUUCUGUUUUCCUUUUCUAGCUGGCUUCUCAGUUUGAUCCAUGCUGGAUGCCUGUAAUUAGAAGUUGAAGGGGGAUAAUGAAUUAUUUGGCUGUACA